AUGUUUAAUGCCAGUUGGAUUGCUCCAAAUGUACAAUCAAUGCAGCUUACAAAUGACAAUAAUUCUAAUCACCUUUUCGAAAACUAACCAAGGUUACCCUUAAUACCCCAAAGAAAUUAGUUUCUGCUUCCAGAUAAGCCGUAAUUUAAAAUCCAAAAACAAAUACCUCAUUAAUAAAAUUCACUCAUUUACUAAAGCAUACUCGAAAUCAAUUAGAAGAAUAAGCUUCUUCUCAAAGAGAUAAGGACUGUUUUAAACUAAGAUCUUAAUUAGUAAUCAGAAUAAAAUCACAGUUACAUUUAAACUCACGAGGAUCAUGAACCAAGGGCAAAACCCAACAGAAGAAGGAACCCAUCCUUCGAUACAAAGGUCUAAAGUGACAGAAACCUUGAAGAUGAAAAUAAAUAUAAACAACAUCGUAAAAUACAACCUAGAUAUAAAAAUGAUGAACUGAGGAACUAUUCCAUAACAGAAACGAUCGGCAAAAGAAUAAAUAUGAACGAAAUCAAUAUUAGAGACUCAAGAAUAGAAUUCGAGACGAAACAAAUAAAUAAUAUAAAGGUCUUAACUACAAACCGACUUAAUAUCAAUUAAAAGAUACAAAAAUAAGCUGCUAGAGAGCAAAAAUAAAAUUUUGGUUUCAUGAAAGCAUCAGUUUAAAAAAGGAAAUCAAAGUUGAAAAUUGUAUUCUAUUUUGUAUAAGCUGCAAUGAGAUUGAGUAAAAAAUAUAGAAAGAUUUAAAACGAACUUAAUAAAUAAAGAAAUUAAAUUAAUUAAAAUUACUAAGAAUCAUAAAAGGCUAUUGACAAAUUUUCUAAAAGAUAAGCUAUAGUUUAGGAAAAAUUAUACUAUGCAUAUGUUGCAGAAAAAGUCAUUCAUUACCUUAAGGAUUAAGCAUUUAUUGAAGAAACUCAAAAAAUUUAAAAUUUAUCAAAUGAAUAUUAAAGUGACAUUAGAAAAUUACACGUUUUUAAAUUCACUACAUUGCUUUUUAAAAAUGUAGAAUUGUUCACUAGAUAAUAGACAAUCUCAGAUCUUAUCAGAGGUCUAUUAAAUAUCAGUCUGUAUGAGAAAACAAACAUCCCAGUAUCUAAAUUUGUUGGAUAAAGAUGUAAUUUUUAUAAUGAUCAUCAUCUUAAGAUACCCUAAGAAUAAUUAGUGUUAAUAGCUUUGGAACAUUACUUUUUUGGUAAUCUAAUCCCUUAAUUAUUUGAGAUUCUUGCUAAUCUUUACGAAGAUAAAAAUGAUCCAAAAUAUAAGGUGAGAAGAAGUCCUUAUCAUUUAAACGAAUGCCAUUUUUAUGUAUGCAUUUUUGCCACUUUAAUUCAAUAAAUGAUUGUUUAGAAUUUUGUUCAUAUGAAGACUGUCAAAAAUCCUAAUGGAAGGAUUGUUCAAAAAACACUCAAAACAACAGAAUAAUAAAAUUUAGUUAUCAAAACUGAGAUUGUCAUGGAUAAUCAAGUAAAUAAGAAUAAAGGUGGAAGUAAAGAAAUAGUGGAGGGAUUAAUUUCUUCUGAUUUAGUCCUAGCACUUGAGUCAGAAAAACCAUAAUGGAAGAAAUUUAUAGAUUAGACUUUUUCAAAAAUAAUUACAAACUUUCAAAACCUAUUACCAAAAUGA